UUGUACCAAAAGCAGCGGGCGCUCGUCGCUCGUCGCUGGCGAUUAGUGGGCGAUCUCGCUGAAAUCUUUCCAAUCGAAUCCGCGCCUGAAGACCCGUCGAAUCGACGAGAACAUCCGCUGCUGCAAAUCGGAGACGUGCCGCUGGACCUCGGGCCGGCGCCGUCGAAGACGCAAUCCCUGACAGUGGAAGAUCUCGAGAGCGAUGCGGCGGCGUACGGUCACAUCGCGCAGAUAUGUAUUCAGCUCGCCGCCAUACUCGACGUCCGUCUUCGUUAUCCAGUGUGUCCGAGUCUCAGUCGUUCGUACAUUUGCGACUUUCAUCAAGUCAAGCCCAAAGCGGGCAGCGCUGACGCCGCGGCGAUGAAGAAGACGCUCACGCGCAUAGAAUUUCCCUUAUUCAUGGACUCGCCGAGCGAUCGAACGAAAUACACCUACGGUGUGUUUUUGCUGAACAAAAAUCUCGAGCAGUUGUUGAACGCGCACGGUUUGAGCGCCGUCGGACCUCGACAUACGCUGCAAAACCUCAAGCGCAUCUUCGACGCUCGACGAAUGAUUGCCGCCGACGCGAAAACUCACGAGAUCGACGAAUGA